AUGGCCGAUAGUCCGUCGUUUUUGCCCUACGCCGACGACCACCAUGGUCGUUACCCUCUGCCAAGGUCAUCGAUUCAACCCAUUACCUCCGCCGCCAGAAGAAUCACUAAAUUAAGCUCGAUCGUCAAGCUAGAAGAAGUCGCCGUGACCACCGAAGAAGAAGAUGAAGACGCUAUCCUCGAUCUGAAAGCUAAGCUCUUUGAUAAGGACGGGAAUCAGUGGAAGGAAAGAGGCACUGGUACGGUGAAGCUCUUGAAACACAAGGAAUCAGGCAAAGUUCGGCACGUUAUGAGGCAAACAAAGACCCUUAAGAUCUACGCCAACCAUCUAGUUCUGCCGACUAUGUCGGUUCAGGAGCACGCAGGGAACGACAAGUCUUGCGCCUGGCAUACCGCAGAUUUUGCUGAUGGCGAAUUGAAGGAUGAAUUCUUCUGUAUUAGAUUUGCAUCUAUUGAGUUGAGAUACGUGGUAGAUCCUGGGCAUGUUAUUGAUUAUCAUCCUCUCGUGGUGCAAGAGGAUGCGUCGUACACCGAGUUACCUGCUAGUAUCGUGGAUCAGAAAGAGAAAGUGCUCCGCAACUGUACGAUUCCCUAUGUGAAGGUCCACUGA